GGCGAGCGCGCUGACGUCACCACGCUCCCCCCCACCAAAGCAGCGACCCCCUUCCCGUCACGAGGGACAACAGCGAUGGCGUAUUUUGAACGAGGUCCCGGUACCAGCUACGGCGGAGGUCACCCAAAGGACUACCAGCCGUACGACUCCCGGGAGGACGACUACCGCCACGGCCCCGGAGGAGGAGGAGGAGGCGCUCACCACGCGGGCUACGCGCGACCCGCCGGGUGGCGCUCAGACGACCGCGCGUACGAGCGCCACCACGCGGCGCCGUACCCAGCCAAGGCGCCCGCCUCGUACGGAUACGGGGGCCGCCAAGACUACUACGAGGGGGGCGGCAGCGGGGUCGGCGGGGGGUCCUCGUCGCGCGACUACCGGGGGCCGCCGCACCGCGCCGCAGCCUCCGGGCACGGCAGGGACUAUGGCGGAGGAGGCGGCUAUGGCGGAGGCUACGGCGGUGGCGGCGGUUCCGGCUUCAGGCGCUCCGGCUACGGGGAGCGCGAGCACCACUACCACCACCAGGAUCACGACCGCGGCGGCCGCGAGGGCGGCAGCUACCAGCGCCGCGACCGCUCCUGGUCCGGCGGGUCGCAGCCCAAGAGACCGCGUCGAGACGACAGCAGAGAGCACGAACGCUACGACAAGGAGGAGAGACACAGCAGGAGCGACCGCGACACCGAUGGGCGCAGUUUCGACCGAGAUGACAAGCACGGGAGGCAGCGCUCUGAGAAGCUGGACUACGAUGAUUCUGGCCGCCGGAUGAAGAACAGACGGGAGUCCUUCAAGCAGCAGUACUACUGCGCCGUGUGCAAGUACAGCACGGCUGAGGAGGCUGACAUCGAAUACCACCUGGGCAGCCCCUUCCACCAGUUCAUCCUGCGCCUCAUCAAGGAGGCCUUCCCCGAUGAGAAGGGCAUGUCCGACUUCCUGCACCAAUACAUAACGUUGAAAAACAAGAAAUUGGCAACUCGCAAGAAGGAGUAUGGCAAAGUGAACCGACACGAGAAGCCACAGAGCUCCAAGUCGAAGGAGGAGGAGGAGAAGACUUUGAGCGAUGUCGGCGCCGAGGACGAAGAGACAGCCGCCGUCGAGGUGGCCGGUGCCGACCCGGCACUCGCGGCCGACCAAACCGCCGCCGGUCUCCCCGCCGACGCUAAACCGCAACGGGAAGACGACGAAUCGAUGGACACGACUGGGACAGUGGUAGAGGCCUCCGCCGUUGUCGCAGCCGCCGUGACGGCCGAGGUCUUGGGAACCGAAGAAGUCGCGGCCGAGGUGCCCGGCGAAACAACAACAACAACAACGGGGGGGAAAACAACAACAAUGGGGGAAACGACGACAACAACAACAACGGGCGGUAAAGCCUGCGACGUGGCAGACUCUGAGAGCACUGCUGUUCUUCCCGCGGAGGAGGCCGCCGCCACCACCGCCGAUGAUUCCACCUCCGCCGAACCCGCCGCCGUCACCGACGCCGCCGAACGCAAAGAGGAGGAGGGGUCCGCGCCCACGCAGGGUGCGGAAGCGCCAGCCUCGUCGUCUUCUGUCGAGGAAGCGGCGGAGAAGCGGCCAGAGGCGUCGGCCGAAGCGCAGCAAGACGCCGAGAAGGCGCCGGCAGAAGCCACGAAUGAGGCGGGAGAGGCCGCGGUUGAUCCGGCCGAGCAGAGCUUUGACCCGUUGGCAGGCCUCGAGCUGGAGGAUCUGAUGCAGCGCGAGGAGGUGGUGGCCUGCUACAUCUGCAACGUCUACAUCCCCCUGUCGGCACACGAGGUGGAGGGCCACAUGGCGGCGACGUCGCACGUCAACAAGAGGGAGAAGUACAUGUUUGAAAAGAAGUCGGAGAUCCUCCACAUAGCCAGGAGCAUCCUCAACCAGCCGGACGUGGAGGAGAUGUUUGAGAAAUUUAAGAAGGGUGAGGACCCCUUCUCGGUGGAGUUCAAGGAGCACGAGAAGAAGAUGGUGGAGAACGCCAAGAAGGAGAGCGAGCGGAAGGCGGCCACCGCCGUCACCGCCGCCGCUGCCGCUGCUGCCAAGAGUGGCGAAGCUGAGGGGGGAGCGGCGGAGGGAGGAGCGGAGGGGAAAGAGGGAGUGGAGGGAGGCACGGGGGAGGAGGAAGCAGGGGAGGGAGAUGCGGACGGCGUAGCAGUAGCAGAGGCUGAGCCAGCAGAGGGGGCAGUGGGCGCAUCGCAGGGUGAGGGUGGUGAGGGUCGUGAGGGUGGCAAUGGUGGGGAGAGUGGGGAGGGUGGUGAGGGUGGGGAGAGUCGUAAGAGUGGUGAGGGUGGCAAAGGUGGGGAGGGUCGUGAGGGUGGGGAGGGUGGGGAGGGUGGGGAGGGUCGUGAGGGUGGGGAGGGUCGUGAGGGUGGGGAGGGUCGUGAGGGUGGGGAGGGUCGUGAGGGUGGGGAGGAGGCGAUGGAGGUGGGCAGCGAAGGCGACGCCGUCGUUGUCCCGGUCUCCGUCGACGCGCCGGACGCGUCCACGGAGGGUCAGGUGGGCGCGGGGGGCAGCACGGGGGACACGGCAGAGCCCCCCGCGGGGGACGCGGCGCCCCCCACCGUGGUGGCGGGGGAGGGGGAGGGUGGGCAGCAGCCGGCGGCGGCAGCGGCACCCAAGAGGGCGCUGACCCCCAAGAGGGGUCGGGGCCGUGGUACCCGGGGGAAAGCGAAGGGGAAGAAUUGAGGAGGGGGGGGCGCCCAAUCCCCUCUCCCCGCGCGGCCCGCGUCAGGCUGUCGCGCUAGGGGGGGGGAGAUGAGGAGGAGGUGGCGGUGUCGACGGUCGCGAGCGUCGUCGUCGUCGGCUCGUUUGCUCGCCGCUCGUGCGUCAGCGCUCCACACACACGAGAACCCCUUCGCGCUGGGGGGUUUCUUUUCCUCUUUUUUUGUUGUCGAUUUUCGUCGUCGUCGGCGGACGAGCGCCGCCCAAACUUGAAGCCGCUAGUCACGUCAGGCCGCAGGUUGUUUUAACUUGCGGUGAACGAUAAUAAUAAUGAAGUUAAAUUGACGUGGUGAAGAAGAAUCUUGUUGCCGUUUUAAAAAAAAUCACUAUUUUAUAACGAGCAUGUGCGUGGGACUGGGUGGGGGAGAGGGAGGGGUGAGCCGUCGCUGCCGUGCGCGUGGCGGCGGUGGCGGCGGUGGCGGCGGUGGCGGCGGUGGCGGCGGUGGCGGCGGUGGCGGCGGUGGCGGCGGUGGUGGCGGUGGUGGUGGUGAGCGCUCAUCAGCGGCGAUCGGUCGCACGACCUCGAGGUUCGCGUUCGACCGCUGAAUCCGUUUUUUUGCGCAAACCGUGCCCCCCGCAACCGGUUGCCGCAACCCGGUCGCAAACACGGCAGGGACGAGAGCGGAGCGUUGAAGCGUCGGUCCGCUCGCCGAUGUGCGGUGGCUCAUCGCCGCGUUCGCCAAACUCGCGGCCGUCGCAAUGCCGAUUGAGAGGCGGGCGGGGGGAGGGGUGGUGGAGCUGCGCGAGGCGUAGGCGGCCCCGUCACGUGCCCCACCCAACCCUCCGUGCCCCACCCAACCCUCCGUUGCGCAACUGCUGGCUCGGAUGUGGACAAAGCGGUUGCUGUGGACGAUCGAGUUGCGCGGUUUCAAACGGUGGCACCCCCCACCCUGCCCCCCCCCACCCCCCACCCUGCCCCCCACCCCACCCUGCCCCCCCCUCCCUGCCCCCCCCCACCCCGCCCACCCUUUGUGAUUUUAGCAGGGAAGCGGUGAGAGGGCGCGGAAGGAGCCGUUGGAUGUUGUGGUGGUCGUGGUGGCGGUGGUGGCGGUUGGGUGCGAGAGAGGAGGGGAGAGGUUGUCGCUUAACCAGACGAGGUCCCCACCGAGCUGUGUGGCUCUUU